UACCGUAUACUCCACACCCCAUGUGAUAAAGCUAGGGACGCUGUACUGCAAAAAUGAGCGGACGAUUCGUGGCUGUGUGUGCCCUGGGGCUCGCAGGGUCCCUCUUCCUCGGCUACUGCGUCUACUUCGACCGGAACAGGCGCAUGGACCCCGACUACAAGAAGAAAGUCCUCGCACGUGAGCCACAUUGCAUUACAGUAGUGUGGGGGUUAGACGAUAUGCCAGCUGUGUUUCAAAAUAUGUCAUUCAAAUGUAGGGAGAAGGAGAGCGAAGGCGCAGGGUAAAAUUAUUGACCUCCGCGACCCCAGAGUGCGGGAGGAAUUCCUCAUUGCAGAGAUGACAGCUGCCAACCAGAAGAUGAUGGAAGGGAACAUUGAGGAGACCAUUGGCCACCUCCUGAACUUUGUCAAGUUCUCAGGGAACCCGAGAGCCACACUACUGACUCUCCAGCAGACCCUCCCUCUCCCCAUAUUCAACCUCUUAGUGAGAGCCGUGGCCGCCACCUCCAUUGGUCCCAGCUCCGGCCCUUCUGCUGGCACUCAGGGUCAGGGAAGGUCUGGAGAACCGACAGCUGCUGCUGUUGAAGUAGACUAAAACAGUAGCCGACCUUUCACCUUCACCCAUUCAUUGCCACGGCAACCACAAUGUCUACUUUGUCUACAUUUCAGUGCAUUCACAUUCGUGAAUGAA